AUGAAAUAUUUCUGGUUUCUCAUUCUGGUAUGCAAUAUAAUAAGUUCAAGCCACGCCCAGCAGUAUUAUGAUCCAUCAGAUUGUCCUUCGAAUAAAACCAUUCCUGGUUCAAGAUAUACUUGCAAUUCAUUCCAAGAUUCUUCAUGCAAAACUUUCUUAGUCUACAGAGCCAAUCAACAUUUUCAGACCAUCUCAAGAAUCUCAGAGCUCUUUAAUGUCGAUUCGGACGUGCUGCUUCACUUGAACAACCUCACAUCUCCUUCUGAGCUACUCCAACCAGCAGCCAGAGAAGUUCUUGUCCCCAUUGUCUGUUCUUGCUCAGGCCAAUAUUUUCAGGCUAAUUUCAGCUACACCAUCUCCGAUACCACGUCGAUGUCGGAGAUUGCCUGCGGGGUUUUCGAAGGCCUAGUGAAGUUGCCAACUCUAGCUGAGGAAAACCCGUCUGCAGAAAGCAAUUACGCCAAAGUUGGUUCCAAGCUUCGCGUGCCGCUGAAAUGUGCCUGCCCGGAUAAUUCCACUGCUAGUAGAGGAAUAAAGUAUCUUGUGACAUACCCUUUUGUGGAAGACGACGAAACCGCGGUUCUCAGUGAGAAAUUUGUCAUAUCUACCGAAGAUUUAUUGGCAGUUAAUCAUUUAGAACCCCCCAAGCCUACUGUUUAUCCAAACACAACUGUCUUGGUUCCCUUGAGAGCCGAACCAAUCAUAAUCUUAAAUAUUCCUAGUUCUACACCUCCACCUUCUGCUUUUCUUCCCACCAUCACUGUAGAAAAGCCAAUGAAAAACAAAAAACCAAGGAAUUUUUAUGUAGCAGGAUCUGUUAUUGGGUUCUCUCUUGUUCUUGUAGCAGUAAUAGCGUGUAUUUUGUAUAUAAAAGCCUUAAAGAAAUGGAAGAGCAAGAAAUACCAAUCCUUCAAUGGUGGAAGCUCUCCAAUCCCUUCACCUACCAGAAGUUCUCCAAAGUCCCCCGCAACGGGUAGAAGCUCCAUCUGUUUAUCUCCCGACCUUCUUGUUGGGAUAAAAUUCUCAUUGUUCAACUAUCGCAUGGAAGAGAUAAAGAGAGCAACGAGGGAUUUCUCCGAGGAGAACAAGGUGGGUUCUCAAGUCUACAAGGGUGUGAUGAUGGAUAAUGUCAAAGUGAUGAUCAAGCAGAUGAGAUUCGAAGACACUCGUCGGAUCAUCGACAUGCACUCGAAAAUCAACCACAUCAAUAUUGUCAAGUUGCUUGGUGUUUGUUAUGGGGAAGAUGACUGUUCCUGGUCUUACUUGGUGUUCGAGUACCCGGGAAAUGGCUGCCUGAGGGACUGCUUAUCCAAUCCCUCAAGUCCUCUUAAGUGGUAUCAGAGGGCGCAGAUUGCUUUCGACAUCGCGACGGGCCUUCACUACUUGAAUUGUUGCACUUUUCCUUCCUAUGCUCACAGGAAUUUGCACAGCGGAAACAUUUCCGUGACGGCAAAUUUCAGGGCAAAAUUGGGAGAAAUUGGAGCCUUCCCACUUAAUUGUUCUUCAAAGAGAAUUUGUUACAAUGAUAAUCAAAACGUUACAGGAUGGGAUACAAGCUCAAUGACUCAUGAGAAAAUUGAUGUUUUCGCAUUCGGGAUUGUCCUGCUUGAGCUAAUCUCAGCUAGAGAGGACAAUAUGGAGGGAAAAUCAUUCAAAGAAUCCAUUAGAUUCUUGGGUGGGGAAGCUAGUGAAGGUGGGUGUUUGGAGCAGCUGAGGAGUUUUAUGGAUCCAUCUUUGAAGGACUAUUCUUUAGCUGGGGCUUUAUGUUUAGUUGUUCUAGCCAAGGCUUGCUUGGAAGAUGACCCUCUUCAUAGACCUUCUAUGGAUGAUAUCAUAAAAGUCCUUGCCAGAGUUGUAUGA